GGCCCUGGUUGAUGAAGAUGGCGGCCGCCUGGGGCCUACGCUGGGGCCUGAGCCGAACUGGAACCUUGUUGCUCCCGCCGCCCGCGCGCUGUGCUCGCCGGGCUCUGCACAGACAGGUAGACGGCACCAAGUUCCAGAGCAUCUACAGCCUGGACAAGCUGUACCCCGAGUCCAAGGGCGUGGAUACCGCCUGGAAGGUCCCGGAGGAUGCAAAACAAGCCAGCAGUGACAUCCCUCUAGAUCGGUUAAGCAUAACUUACUGUCGGAGCAGCGGUCCUGGGGGGCAGAACGUUAACAAAGUGAAUUCCAAGGCUGAAGUAAGGUUUCACUUGGCCAGUGCAGACUGGAUUGCAGAGCCCGUGCGCCAGAAGAUUGCCCUCACGCAUAAAAAUAAGAUCAACAAGGCAGGAGAGCUGGUACUUACCUCGGAGAGCAGCCGAUACCAGUUCCGUAAUCUGGCAGAAUGCCUACAGAAAAUUCGAGACAUGAUUGCCAAGGCCAGCCAGGUGCCCAAGGAGCCAUCCAAAGAAGAUGCCCAGCUUCAGAGACUCAGGGUUGAAAAGAUGAAUCAGGAAAGGCUACGACAGAAAAGACUAAACUCUGCCAUAAAGACAAGCAGGAGGAUGACUAUGGACUGAAGUCACCCCACCCUGCUGGCACAGACCAGAGUGUCAGUGCAGCUCAGCAGAGAGCCGACACACCACGGGAGACUUUUCUUGAUUAAUUGGAGCCCUGCUAGAACGUUCCUUUGGCGGGAAGGCUGCAGCUCUUCCAGGGCAGCUCCUUCCAUUAUCCACCUCAUGAAUUCCUGGCUGCAAUAAACUUGUAAGCACAGGAGCCUUUUGUCAGUGA